UGGUUUUUUCAUUCAACUACAAGCAGUAGACUUCCUUCAUGGCUGUCAGACAAGCCUGUUGGGUGUGUAUCGGUUGCUGUCCCGCGUGAGAGGCAAGAAUUCACUAGAACCACACGAAAGAUGAACUAUACCGCUUAUAAAGGUGGCGACGCUGAUCUGUCGCUCUAAGAAGAAUUUUCCCACCGGAAGCUGGCUAGCAAGGGGAGCAACUGCAUGCCGUCGUUUUUCCCCGGCAGCCACUGACUGACCUCUACAACAACACACAGACGUGCUUGCUGAGUAUUGACUCCCAGUUGUCUCUUAUGAUUGCCAGUUGACGGUUCCUGAAUAUGAGACAUAAUGAGUCAAAGAGAUACACUAGUUCAUCUUUUUGCAGGAGGAUGUGGUGGCACUGUAGGAGCCAUAUUGACUUGCCCACUGGAAGUAGUGAAGACACGUCUGCAGUCAUCAUCCAUCAGUCUCUAUGUUUCUGAGGUUCAUCUGAGUACCGUCAAUGGGGCCAGUGUGGCUCGGAUGUCUCCACCAGGUCCCCUGCACUGCCUCAAAUUAAUUAUAGAGAAGGAAGGACCUCGCUCACUCUUCAGAGGCUUGGGACCAAACCUGGUGGGUGUGGCACCUUCCAGAGCCAUCUACUUUGCUGCUUACUCCACAGCCAAAGAGAAACUGAACAAUGUACUGGAACCUGACUCCACACAGGUUCAUAUGGUAUCAGCUGGAAUGGCAGGUUUUACAGCCAUUACAGCAACCAAUCCAGUAUGGCUUAUAAAGACUCGCCUACAGCUGGAUGCCAGAAAUCGAGGGGAGCGUAGGAUGAGUGCAUUUGAAUGUGUGCGCCGGGUAUAUCAGUCAGAUGGCCUACGAGGUUUUUACAGGGGCAUGUCCGCAUCUUAUGCUGGCAUCUCAGAGACUGUGAUCCACUUUAUGAUCUAUGAAAACAUCAAGCGGCGGCUCUUAGAAGCCAAAGCCCCCCAGAACAUGGACGAACAAGAGGAGGUAUCCAAGGAUGCUUCAGACUUUGUGGGGAUGAUGCUUGCUGCUGCCACUUCCAAGACAUGUGCCACAUCCAUUGCUUAUCCUCAUGAAGUGAUCCGCACGCGACUACGUGAGGAAGGCACCAGAUACCGCUCCUUCUUCCAGACUUUAACGACAGUUCCUAAAGAGGAGGGUUUUCGCGCUCUGUACCGCGGCCUCACCACCCACUUGGUACGGCAGAUUCCCAACACCGCCAUCAUGAUGUGCACCUAUGAGAUGGUGGUCUACUUCCUGAAUGGUUAAUGGCUUCACUCCUUUACUAUAACUCGACCCUUGUAAUCCGGCCCUUGUUCAGUGUUGGAGAGACGAAAGAACAUGAAGAAACUGCUAAUAAGCUACAACAUGCGCACGUGACGACAGAGGCAGCGUCUCAAUGUUGUCUGAUGAUUUUAAGUGACAAGUUUUGUUUUCUUACCAAAGGCACAAGGACGUUUGAAUGGAACCCAUGCUGAUUUGGGGUGUUGAGGUCCAAAGUAGCUCUACCCUAUUCAGAACUAUUCAUACUACUCCCAUCCCCGCAAUAAUAAUUUCGAAAAUUAUAGUUGCACUUAAUAAGUAAUAAUGCCUCUGACUUCUCAGAUCUGUUGUUGUGCUGCCAAAUUUGUAAUGAAGCAAUUUUGAGUGAGAUGUAGAUGGAGGGGAAUGUGCCUUGUGUAAAAACAAGAUGUGAUUUAGGACACGCGUGUGCUUGGUGGAUGGAUGUGAAACCCUGGUUAACAGAACUCUCCACAAUGUGAAGUCAUUUAAUUGCACAAAGGUAUUGUGGAAUUUCAGGCACUUAGAGAAACUUAGGUUUCAUCGUAUACAGGACAGUCAACUUGGGUUUUGCAACGACCUAACCCAGGGGUGUCCAAACUCCGUACUUGAGGGUCGCUGUCCUGCCUGUUUCAAAUGAUCAGGGUUGUUAUGAAGCUUCUUCAGAGCUUUCUGAUGAGUUGAUCGUUUGAAUAGGUGUGUUGCAGCAGGAAGACAUCGAAAAAAAGGCAGGUCAGCGACCAGGACUAGAGCUGGACAUGCCUGACCUCACCCUUUUGCUCUUGCUUUUUAUGCAUUUAGAAUGAUCUCAUCCCCACAUAAAACCAGAAGUAGAUUAACAGUUUAUUCUUGAGUUACAGUACAGGACUAAUAAUAUCACAUAGUUUGGCCUGCUUUAGAUCUACUGGAAUGUAAAUACAUAUGCAGGUUUAAGGAAGCAAAACACUGAAACAUUUUUAAUAGUCGUGAAAUAAAUAGUUUUAACAUUGUAAUAUUGAUGUAUUAAACAUUCGCUUAAAUAAUAUAAUUUAAUUUGUCUGACUGGUAAGGCAAAUGAAACCAUCAUCUGUAUUGGGCCUCCAGUUGUGAAAAUCUGAUCCCUCCAAUACCUACCUGUACUUAUGGUGUCUCACAAUCUUUUGGGGGAAUUUUUAUUCCCUUUUCUCAUUUAGAAAAUCCAUAUUUGGUGUUCAGGACAACCCUGUUUUGCCCUGGAAUUUGGAGGGUCAGUUUGUGUUGAUGAAUUUGAAUAAUAUGACUGUCUUAAACGCACAAUAAUAAAUACACAUUAUAAUUUCUGAUUUUUUUUUUUAAUAUAGUUUACUUAGUUGUUCAUUGCUGCUUAUACAGUAUAGAUUUAAACAGUAUUUGUUACCUAAUAAUGAUUAAGAUGGAUACUAAAUUAUUAACCUAUUCUGUCACUGGCUUUUUGUCCUUAGAUCAAAUUGACUGCUUACAACCAGUAAAUCUAAUUUCAAUUUUUGCUGUGAUUGGUCAGUUUAAUUUAACUCAAACUGGCUACAUGUUGAAACAUUUUUAUCUGCCUAGCUUUAGUGAAAGGGCGGUUUUGGCUGGACAUCUAAAUUGCUUAACCCCUAACCUGUACUUUGGAUUGUGGAAAUCGCCCAGCUAUGUGACCCCUUGUCAGAUGCUGUGAGUAGUGCAUUAGCUUAUUCCCCAUGUAAGCAUUUUUGCAAACCCUUAACAUCAAUGCGCACAAGUUGGGUGACCAAGCUCGUUCUGCUUGAAUUGGGUUUAAAGUUUGUCAGUCAAAUAGAUGGGUUGGUUGAGUUAAUUUUACCAAACCUUAUAAGGGUGGUUGACUCAUCCCCUCAAAAAAUAUGUUGAAUACUGUCAGAAAAACACAAUUAAACAAAUAUUGUAUUUACUUUCAGCAAAAUCAACUUGAACUGGAAAUAUAUUAAUACAACUUAAGUAUGCAUCUUUUUCAACUAUAUUGUACAGCAUGUCUGCCUGCUGUUCAUACAGUCUUCCUUUCAUCCAAUGGUAAUUGUUUUACACAUGUUUGCAUUGUGUGCUUGUGUGUAUGUGUAUGUGUUGUGUGUGUUUGCCUAAAUGACAGUCUGUCAUUCAGUCAUGUCUUGAGCGUAAGAAACUAGGAAUUAUGUAUGCACUCAGUAAAGGAACUGCAGGUUUUUAUCUUUUUAAAUAAAUUGUUGCCUUUCUCCUGCUGACCUUUUUCCAUGUUGUAGUUGAUGUUGUUGAUGAGCCUACUUUAAGUGUGGCUCUAUCUAUGCAUUGUCAUGACUUGUUUUGUUGAAUAUGUGAGUCAAUAAACUCGAGAGUGCAACUCA